AUGAUCUCAGCUCAGAAGAUGCGGAAAAUCAACAAUCAAGAGAGUCAACACUCCAAUCUUCCCACGUUCUUUAUAGGAACGGCAAAUUCCCCGGUAUUCAGUAGGCUGUCACCUUACGUCGGAAAUGAGGGCAAAGAAGCUCCGAUCUCAUUUCGAUGGCAAGACCACCAACUGGCCUUCUAUGCUACGCUAAACAGUGACAUUACUCCGCGUGGUCUUGAUCCUCCAAUUCCGUGGGAUGACCCAUUUCCGGACUACUUGCCGUUCCGAUGGCAACCCAGCAGCUCCCAGAUCCCGGCCUGGCAGAUGACAGUUGGCGAGGCCUCACCAAACACCCUUGAAAUGAAGCGUGUGUCCAGCCGCGUCCCCUCUGUGGAGUCCACCGGUAUGACGGCCAUCUAUUCCUCGCCAACCAGAUCAGAGGAGCUCCGGAACCCUGAAGGUCGAGUCGGCAUUGCUGGAAAGGGACUUCUACCCCAAUAUGGUGGCAACACCGCCUGCAUUGUCGUUGUCGAGAGAAGCGGAUUCAGCGAUGUCGAAGAGGUGCUUCUUCUCAGGGGCGUUCGCGCACAGGCCCAGUUUCCCUGGUUCCUGUGCCGCCAUGGGAAGAACUGCAGUCAGAUUUCCUGUUACAAGGAUCUGGUAAGAGAGUAUUGCGAGCAACUGAUAAUAGCGAACGGAGAAACAGAAAUGUAUGAUUCCGCUGGCUUGCAGCGACUUCUCGCCGCAUAUAAUAAAUACACGCAUUUAGGUCCAGUUUCUGAUCCAAUAAACUGUGACAAUGCGUGGCUAGAAGCAACGGCUGUUCACUUUAAGAUUGUCUCACCAUUUCCAUCCAUUUGCAGCAUAGAACAGAUGUUCACAAUUAAAGGAGGCGUGACAAUGUGGGCAAGGCUUGACGAUCUACCGUCCAUGCGAAAAGCCCAUUUGGUGGGACUGGAGGCGAUCCACAUUGACUAG